CGUCCUUGAAGAGGUUGGCAGCGGACAUGCCCAGACCAGUACACAGUCACUAAGACCACGGGAUUCAGCUCUUGGCCUGGUUCAAGCUUCCCGGAAUGAACGGAACCGCGGACAUCUGCAACCACUGCCGGAACAUAAUCAGAGAAAAGGAAAAAGGAAUGAAGAUGUCAAGACACAUAUCAACAGGACCAAGCUCGUUUAUUCCAGAAAAUGAGAUCAUAGGAGCCAUGCCUCUGAGUGACUCCACGGUGAUGUUCUUAGACGAAGAGUUCAGCGGUCGUAUGGACAACCUGACGCAGCUGAUGGGGCUCCAUCCACAUUAUCUGCAAGCGUUCCUCCGCUGCCACUAUUAUCUCUUGAGGAUGGACGGCCCACUACCACUCCACUACAGGCAUUAUAUUGCUAUAAUGGCUGCAGCACGGCAUCAGUGUUCUGCGCUGGUCUGUCAGCAUGUGCAAGAGUUUGAGCAGAUCGGUGUCUGUACUGAUUGGCUGAGAGGUCUGGAGUUCUGCCCACAACGACUUCGUAACCUCAACGAGAUUAACAAGAUCCUCGCGCACAGACCUUGGCUCAUUACCAAGCAACACAUACAGGCUCUGGUGAAGACAGGAGACCACAGCUGGUCUCUUGCAGAGCUGGUUCAUGCUGUCGUACUGCUGGCUCAUUUCCAUGCCUUGGCUAGUUUUGUGUUUGGUAGCGGUGUCAACCCUGACUCUGAGGUCACAGAGGUCAACGGGGUCACAGAUGACCUUUGCCCUCCAGCCAUGGCGGGUUUAUGCACCUGCCACCUGACAAACAGCAACCAAGCCAACGGGAACCCCAUGUGUAAUCCUGACACUGGGAGUGAGCUGGAAGCUCUGAUGGAGAGAAUGAAGCGAUUGUUGGAGGAGAGAGAAGACGAUGAUGCGUCAGAGGAGGAGAUGUUCACUCGUUUCGAGAAAGAAAAGAAAGAGAGUCUUCUAGUGGUGUCUGCAGGGUUUGAUGAGGAAGUGGUGCCUCCUUCUCCCGUGGCUCGGUUUGUAGACGACCCGUCAUUUGGAUACCAAGACUUUGCACGACACGGAGAAGACAACCCACCCACUUUUAAAGCACAAGACUACUCAUGGGAGGAUCAUGGUUUCUCUCUGGUGAACAGGUUGUACUCUGACAUUGGUCACCUUUUGGAUGAUAAAUUCAGAACGGCAUGUGAUCUUACCUAUUACAACAUGGCCAGUCACGAGGGGGUGGACACCAGCAUGCUACGCAGGGCACUCUUCAACUACGUUCAUUGUAUGUACGGAAUACGCUACGACGAUUAUGACUAUGGUGAGGUGAAUCAGUUGUUGGAGUGCAGUCUGAAGGUUUACAUUAAAACAGUGACGUGUUAUCCAGAGAGAACCACUCGCCGUAUGUACGACAGCUACUGGCACCAGCUCAGACACUCUGAGAAGGUUCAUGUGAAUUUGCUUCUAAUGGAGGCUCGGAUGCAGGCCGAGCUGCUCUAUGCUUUGAGAGCUAUCACUCAUUAUAUGACCUGACCAUCCAGACUUCACCAAUUCUAUGACCUGACCAGUUGACCUAUCGUUAAUCCCCACCACCACCCCUUAGUUUCUGACAGAUAGGUCGAUUAGACUUCAUGUUUUAGGUGACCUGACUAAUCAAAGCUCACCCACAAUAUAUGGACAUCAUUACACCUAAGUUAAACCAAAAGUUGUUUUUUCCCAUCAUGGUGCAUGCCAUUAGUGGUUACUUUUUCAUAGUUUGGAAUUCUUACAAUUGUGUCUGAAAUUGUGUAUACAUUUUCUUAGACUGUUCAGAAUGGUAACUAAAUGAAGGACACCGAUUACAAAGCAUUCUGGGUAUAAUCUUAAACAUCAAAAUGGGAUCUAAUGGCAUGUGGGUGAUCAAUAAUUGUGGGUGGGCAGUCGUGACUUUUACUGGAUUAAAAUAGAAUCCUUUAAGGCUCAGACAAAUCCCAGGUGGGCUUGACCUGAUCAGUCAGACGAGAUCAUUUAUGACAUCAUGACUUGAAAAACAAAAACACAUUAAACGUGCAAUAUUUUCUCACUGAAAUCUCACUUAUACUGUAAACUGAAAUACUGGAGGACUGAGUUCACAUUUUGAAACCGGAAGUUGUCUUUUUUUUCUCUUCUUCUUCUUUUUUUGCACAUCUGAGAAGAAUUGUAUUUUGGAACAGAAUAGCGUUUUCUUUUUGUAUUAUCAUCAUAAAUGACAAUAACAGAAUGUGAGACUCCUGUAUGGAGAGGAAAAGUUAUUUUCUUUCUUUUUUAAUCCCUGUGCCUUUUUUUUCUUUCAUUCACCUUGUUUAUUUCAUAUUGAAUGUAUUGUUUAGAUUUUAUGCUUUUCAGAUCAACUUGGUUUGGUUUAGUUGUUUACCUGGAAACUAAAGCUUUUGUAGCAUUAUUACUGUACUAUCAGUCCUUUACUAUUUCCUUUGAUGCUCAGUGUUAUACGUUAAAUAGCAACAAUCUGUUUCAAUAUAUAUGUUGCUGCCACUGGCAAUAGCCCUACUAAUCGCAUCUUGUGACUUAAUUUCUGUGUGAGUGCGUGUGUGAGCUUUAACAUGUAGCUGAACGUCUGUCUGCAUAGGACAAAGUAUUUGCACAUCUGUUGCACGUUUUUUUAAAUUGGUGCGCCUCUGUGAAAGAAACCCAUGAACAGGAGCAUGAGAGAGUUCGUAAGUGUAACUGAUAUAAUGUAUGCGUGAUUGCCUGUAGGGAGCGUCUGCAAACUAACUGCUUUUGAUACUGUUGAUGUGAUCAUUACCGUCCAUCAAACCAUUUCUCAACGGUUUAUUUAUAUCGCUUUAAGAACCAUUGCUUCAUAUUUGCAGCAUCAGUGUCCUUUAAAAAUAGAUUAAAUAUAUAGUGGAAAGAUAAGCUUGUCCAGUCUCAUGGACAGUGCCUUAUUCAGGUUAACAAGCACAGACUAUGAUUUCAUUUAGUCAAAUGAACACCAGAGAUUGUUACAUAUGUAUCAAUGGAGUAGGUAAAUCUGUCUUCAAAGUGCCUUUUAAAUUUAGUUGCAAGUGUUUCAAAGUAUCUGCAGCAGAUUCAAUGACAUAUUUUCUUCGAAUAAUAGGCAUCUGUUGCAUUUCCUACUGUUUAUUCCAGUCGAGGUGGUGCUUUGAAGCUUUCAUGUUCUUAACUCCGUAUAAAUUGAUAAAUUUCCAAAAUGCCCAUCACAGACCUGUAUGUUUCAAUAAAGUUUCUAAACAAACACA